AUGUCCCCCUGUCGUGCUCAUACGACCCCUGUAUCAAUGCUGACUAGCACGCUUGGCUACGCCAAACACUGCGCUCACGCCGAUCCGAAGCCAGGCGCGCUGGUUCGAUCAUCAAGCCAUCGAAGCAUUCGUUGUGCAGAUCCUAGUCCUCACAAGCUUUUCUUGGUGCGUGCUUCGGGCGCGCAGACAUGCCAUUUGCACUGGGCAGCUCCGAUAUUGAAGACCAGCUAG